AUGAUUUUUUACUGGUAUGGCAUAAGCUUGACUGGCAUUGGGUUUAGGAUGGUGAAGGUGGUUGUGUUAGGCAUUGUAGCUUUGGUGUUCGAUCAAGGUGUGGCUGUAGUUCUUGGUGGUAGUGGCUAUGGUGUUUGGUCAAAGUUUGACUAUGGUUUUCGGGAAAGAAGAUAUAGUAGCAGCUUAGCUGUGCAUGGGAAAGAAGAUGGAGCAGUGAUAGCGUGGGUUGAAGAUGAUUCAGUGAUGGUGUGGGUGUGGGAGGUUCUUAGUGAAGAAGAUGGGUCAAGGUGGUUGGGUGGCUAG